AUGGGGGAGCAGCCGAUCUACACGACCCGGGCUCAUGUCUUCCAGAUUGACCCCACCACCAAAAAGAACUGGGUCCCCGCGAGCAAACAGGCCGUGAGCGUCUCCUACUUCUACGACAGCACUCGCAACAGCUACCGCAUCAUCAGCGUGGACGGCUCCAAGGUGAUCAUCAACAGCACUAUCACUCCCAACAUGACGUUCACAAAGACUUCGCAGAAGUUCGGGCAGUGGGCGGACAGUCGAGCCAACACUGUGUUUGGACUGGGCUUUGCCUCGGAGCAGCAGCUGUCCAAGUUUGCAGAGAAAUUUCAGGAGGUAAAAGAAGCCGCCAAACUCGCCCGGGACAAAUCUCAAGAGGCCGGGGAGACGAUGAGCAAUCACUCACAGGAGUCGGGACGGGAGUCGGGUCGGGAGACGCCUCUGAACACACAGCCCUCCAGCAUCAACGGCACCGACGACGAGAAGAUCUCCCACGUGGGACCUGAGGCCGCGGUGCUGAAGACCGAGAACGAGCGCCUCAAGACCGCGGUGGAGCAGAGCAACACAAACGCCAAGAAAUGGGAGACGGAGCUGCAGACUCUGAGAGAGAACAAUGCUCGGCUGGUGGAUGCACUUCAGGAAUCCUCGGCAAAUGUGGAGAGCUGGAAGAAACAACUAUCGACCUGUAAAGAGGAGAGUGACACGCUCCGAGCCAAGAUUGCCGAUCUCGAAGCCCAGUGCAAUGAAGCCAAUCAGGAGAAGCAGAAGAACUCCCAGCUGAGCGUUCGCGUGAAGGAGCUGGAGGCCGAGCUGCACGACAAAGAGACUGAGCUGGAAAACCUUAGGAAGCAGGCGGAGAUCAUCCCACAGCUGAUGGCGGAGUGCGAGACCAUCACCACAAAACUACAGGCGGCAGAGGUGAAGAACCAGGAGCUGGAGGGCCGGAUAAGCGGACUGUCGCUGGAUAUCGACGAGAGCCGCCAGAAACAGGGCAACAUGAAGGGAGAGCUCAAGAAGUUCAUGGACAUCCUGGACGGAAAGAUCGACGAGCUGCACGAAUUCAGACAGGGCCUUUCCAAACUCGGCGUGGACAACUAA